CUUGCAACUAACGAGAUGUCAUAUGUGUACAUAGAGGCUGAAUGCCCGAAGUUGAAUAACUGGUACCUCUGUGAGAAAGGAGUAGCUCAUCAGAUCCGGACCAAAGCCGAUUGUAUCCAGGAGUUAAUUACAAACCAAGUUUUACAGGAAUCAUGUCAUUUCACCACAGUAACUUUAACGACCGAAGCUAUGGAAAAAUUGGAUGACCAACACUAUGUAUUGUCCUUUCCUCACGAAACGAAAGCACAACUAAUCUGCAACCAGAAAGACUACACAUCGCUCCAGGGCAGUUACCUUGCUACAAUUCCCGUUGGAUGCCGCCUGAAAUCGGAAGAAUUUACAAUCUCAAAUGACUACAAUGAAAUUAAAGGACAACCACUAAAACUAAUGAAAAUACCAUACAACGCAGAGAAACAUGCCGCCGCUGCUACCCACGUCAAUUUGAAUUCUAUCGACCUCCAAGGGCUACACAGCGUCCAAGAUAAAAUUACACUACAGACUCCUGUUCACCUGGACCAGCCGCAAAUGGACACCCUUUACCACACCACAAUCCCAUUCUACGGAGUUUUGUUGGCUGCAGGCAUAACCAUCAUCAUCGCAAUAAGCAGACGCUACCUAUUCAAAUGUAAGAAAACUACGAAAAAGGACCAGCAACCCCCGGUAAUAAUUCUGGAAGGAAAUAAGAAUCCCGAGGAUAUUCCGGCAACAUUUUCACUAAACGUGCUAAAAUAGUCGCCGUUCUAAGAGGGGAGGAAUUAUAUCCGGCCGACAUAUGAAGAUCGCUGAUGUUGCACAUGAAGCAAUAGUUAUUGAUUAUAUUAAACUAGGACGCUGAUGCAUCUUUGACGUCAAUUGAAGUUGAUCUUAGUACCAUAAUUUUGUAAGAAUAUUCAUUCCAUAUUCCUACUUCGAAGUGGAAUGGUUAUUCCAUAGGGUUAAUUUUGUAAUUUCAUUUUCAUUAAUUAAAUAGUUUUAAAAUCA